AGCACCACUCUCGUUACGCCUGUCAUUCAUGGAAGACGUCGCGAUCGCUAAAAUGGCGAGAUAGUGUGUUGACAUUGACUCGAGUUCUCGUCGAACCCAGGUGUAGGGAGAUCUUAAAUCCGCAGUCAGUGAUCGCUCGGGAAUUGUGCUCACGGAAAACAAUGCACUCGGUCAGCUCCAGUUUGCCAAGUUCUACGGACGUGAGUGACGUCCCGACAUUGGUUAAGCGAGAUCCGGACUGUAGAACAGCCGAUGUUGGCGAGUCGUAUGGCGAGACUGAGAGUCUACGUAUCCUCGAUGAGUUCCGCAAGUUGUACGAGACCCGCAUCGAAAAGAUCGAUCGGGAAUCUAUCGGCGAUUCCGACCGAGUUUCUAUGAAGUUACAAGUGAUGAGCGACUGGAUCAAAGAUUUAGGGGAGCAAAAUGCGAUGUUAGUGCAUACAGUGGAAGAUUUGGAGCAGGCUGCGUGUAGUAGAGUUAAGUUACUAGAGGAGAAACUAAAACAAUCGUCGCAGAUGGUCGUGGAUAAUUUAACAAGAUCUGAUCAUUCGGAAAAGGCUUUAAAUACUCUUUCAAAUCGCAUCAGUCAGCUAGAAAAGGACGAGGAGUAUUUACAACAAAAAAUAGAGUAUCUACAAAGUGACAUUAGGGGAUUAUUGGAGGUGAUUCGUCGUGCACAUCAGCAAAAUGUUUGGAGCCUUGAUGGUAUCAAGUUCUUUGAGAUUCAACCUGAGGAUAUUCCAGUUCCAGACUGUAUCUGCAAUCAGGUAAAUAUGUGUGUAAAUGUAAAUGCAGCCAGAAAGCUCCGAUUUGUUUUAGAUAUAGAGCAUGACAAAUUUCAGAGAUCAAGUUGUCUAUUAAGCAAAAGCAUGUAAUACUGUACCAUGUAUUCACAAUACAAGCCGAAAAGUUCUUCUUAGCUCCCUA